AUGCCAUUCCGUUUCCUUGUUGUUUUCUGCGUCUUGCUUGGGCUGCUGCUGGGCCCAGCGGUGGGCGAAGCCCGUGCCCCCACCGUGCCGCGGACGGAGAAAAAAUACCUUAUUCACAUCCAGCCACUUACGGAGGGCCUUGACGACGUGGGUGAGCAGCCGACCCUGGUGUCGGUGACGGAAACAACGGCUCUCUGGUUGCCGCGUGGCUCGGCUGAAGAUAACGAUGAACACCUGACUUUUAAUGAGGAUUUGGACCCUUUUUGGGUGUACGUCCUGCGCCGCCGUCGAUUUGAAUCGCUGGAGUGGUCGGGUUGUGGAGGGUCGUGGCGCCCCGACUGGAGCGUGACACUCGUCGAUGCUAAUUCCUCCGUCAGCGAAAGUACAAGAAAACUCAUUUACGACCUCUCACAACAUGCAGUGUGCUACUUUUCAGGGCUUUCCGCCUGUGGGUGGACUGAGCAGGAGGCCAGGGGCGACAAUGACGGCAACGCGUCUUUAAGCCACGAUAUUUUGGCCCAACGUCAUCAUCAGUGGCUGGCGCAGUUUGUUUCCUCUCUUUUGUCGUCACCCUUAAGUUGGUCGAAGGAGACACCGCGGCACGUGCGCCCUGUUGGUGUGCUUCACUCCGUCCCCGGUGGUAGCGGUGCCGCUGCAGGUUUGGGGAGUCGCCAUUGGUGCUCGUACCAUCUUGCUCAGCAUGACACGAUGUGUACACAGCACGUCGCCACCAUUCUUAGCGGGGGACGCAGCGGCAAAGGUAGGGAGGAGCACAUUCCAGAAGGGAUCUUUCGGGCGGGGUUGGUCACAGUGCAAGACUUUUUCUCCUCUUGUUUUCAUCACUUUCACUUUGGCGUAUCGCAGUCAGCAACGCCAGUGGAAAACACGGCUGAGGAGACGGAGAUUCAACUCCUUGUUAGGAUGGCAUUUGUUGCUCGAAAAAGGGAUUUUGACGCCCUUGCGCGCCACUGGAGAGAGUCUCUUCCUAGCUAUGCUGAGCGUCUCACGUUCUUUGUGGGACCUCACGUGAGUGCGACACUUCGGGGCGCUGUAGAGUCCGUGUCCGCCUCCCUUCAUGCUACGGAUGCGCCUGGAGGCGGCGAGGCCUUCGCGAGGGAGCGGCGAAGUACUGCGUCUGAGCCGACACCCACAGCUCACUACUACAUCUCCAAGGUGGGACACGACCGGGGGACGUAUCGACUGGUUAUACAUCCGCCGAUAACAACAACUACCACCACGGCAAAUGCGGGUGGUGGGCAAGCAAGUGAGCGCUGGCAUGGAUUGAAUGUGGGGGACACCUUAGAUUCGCUACUUAUUUUCCCUCUUCAUGUUUUUCGUCCAUCUCUCCAUGAAAUGUACUCCGGCCCGGACGCCUUGUCGAGGUUAGAGAAUGCAUUUUUUGACGGCGAUGCCAAUGUUCUUUUUGUGUUGGUGAAAACGGUACUUACAAAGGCUCAUUUGCGGCACCAAAAUGGAGGUGCAAACAAUACAACGCCCCACGGCCUUGUCGUAUGUGAGUUUCCGUUCAGGUUUGGCUGGGCUGCUCUGAAGGACAUGCCCCAUGACGCGAACAGCAAUCGACUUCUCCCACAACCCGUCAUUCGUGUUGGUCGACGCGUUGAAGCAGCAGGACCAGAAGGCCUCACCGACACCGCCUCCACGCGUAGUUAUAAUGCGAAUUGGACAGGGCGUUGCACGGCUUCGCGGUGUGCUUCGUUCGCCUCUAUGCGAAUUGAUCACCAGACUUCGCUAGAACGCCUCAUGGACUCGCUUUCCCGCAACCCUUCUCGAAGUGAGAGCGGGUCCUCAUGCUUCUGCUAUUACUGGCUUCGUUGUAGCAAUGUUGCAGGCACCACUAUCCCUGUUCCUGACCCAGCGAUGGUAUUUAACGUCAUUUCGUUAGGACUGAUCUUCACUGGGGUAUUGUCAGCUGGUGUAACGCGCAUCACACGGUUGUUGUUCGACAGAGAGGCGGAGGAAGACACAGCUUCCUCGAAGCAAGAUUUUUAG